UCGGAACGGUAACAGGCGGAAGACCCUCAGAAGUAACACCACAGUGCUGUGCUCAUCAAUUCAAACCAAUCAGUUGAACGCAUAGAUAAAAUUCAAAAACCAAAGAUCAUAAAAUAUAGAGUCACACAGACUUUUUAAAGUUCUUCAAUACUCGAACGUCAAAUGCUUAUAGGCGAACGCUUUGUGUCAUAAACUACGUCAAUGGCGUCAGAGGAGCCCAAUAUGAAUGAUGAUACGGAUACUGCAACUCGGGCAGAACCAAAUAAAUCCAAGGCCAAGGAGCCGGAGCUGAAAACCGUGAACUAUCGACAGCUGUUUCGCUAUGCUCGCGGUCCGGAUUAUCUACUUCUGGGAUGUGCCGCUCUAGCGGCUAUGUUGCAUGCAUUCGUCUUUCCCGUAGCUAUUAUCGGGUAUAGUGAAUUGGUGGCCAUGUUUAUCGAUCGGAGCUUGGGCAUUGGCACCAGCUCGGGCACCACGGCUCUGCCCUUGUUUGGCGGUGGAAAACAGCUCACCAAUGCCACCUAUGAGGAGAAUAUGGAUGAGCUGCGCAAAGAUAGCGUUGCAUUUGGCAUAAUCAUGACCAUCGACUCGCUGGUCAUGUUAUUUUCCGGCAUGGCCUUUGUGAACAUCUUCAAUCAUCUGGCUCUCGAGCUGACUGUGCGCAUGCGUCGGGAGUUCUUCAGGGCGACAAUCAGACAGGAAAUUGGCUGGCAUGAUAUGUCCAAGGAUCAAAACUUUGCUGUUCGCAUAACUGACAACAUGGAAAAAAUUCGCACUGGCAUCGCUGAGAAUGCGGGACAUUUUUUGACAAUUAUAUUCGACGUGGCCAUAAGCGUAAUCAUAUCCUUGGCAUACGGCUGGAAACUGGCAUUGGCCAUGUUCUUUUACAUACCACUCACUAUUGUCGUUAAUGCAAUGAUUGCGCAUUACCAAAGCAAGCUGACAGCUCGGGAGCAGAGCUCUUAUGUGCGUGCCAGCUCUGUGGUGGAGGAGGUCAUUGGCGCCAUACGCACAGUGGUUGCUUUUGGCGGUGAGCGUUCCGAAUCUGUGCGCUAUGAGAAUCUGUUGAAGCCCGCACUCACGGCUGGCAAAUGGAAGGGCGCCUUCUCCGGUCUCAGCGAUACGGUUAUGAAGGCCAUGAUGUUCAUAGUGGGUGCUGGUGCCUUCUGGUAUGGUGCCAAUUUGAUUCUACACGAUCGUGCCACCGAUAUACCCAGCGAGGAACGCGAAUAUACGCCGGCAAUUGUGAUGAUUGUGAUAUCGGGCAUUAUUGUGGGUGCCAAUCACUUGUCACGCACUUCGCCAUUUCUGGAGACAUUCGCCAUGGCUCGUGGAUCAGCGAGUGCCAUUUAUGAUGUCAUCGAUCGCGUCUCUGUUAUCGAUCCGCUCUCCAAGGCCGGCAAAAUCCUUAACUAUGGACUGAAGGGAAGCAUUGAGUUUCGUGACGUGUUCUUUCAGUAUCCCGCUCGUAAGGACAUCACUGUGCUGAGAGGACUCAAUCUGAUUGUCAAAGAGGGUCAAACUGUCGCUUUGGUUGGCUCCUCGGGCUGUGGCAAAUCGACCUGCGUACAAUUGCUCCAACGCUUCUAUGAUCCUGUUUUUGGCCAAGUCCUGCUGGAUGGCGAGGAUGUCCGAAAAUACAAUAUCAACUGGCUGCGCUCCAAUAUAGCCGUUGUUGGUCAGGAACCAGUGCUAUUUCAGGGCACCAUUGGUGAAAACAUUCGUCAUGGUAAACCUGAAGCCACCCAAAGAGAGGUUGAAGUUGCUGCUAGGGCCGCCAAUGCUCAUGAAUUUAUCACUGCUCUCUAUAAAGGUUACGAUACGCAUAUUAGCGAAAAGGGUGUUCAGCUAUCCGGCGGACAACGUCAACGCAUUGCCAUAGCCAGAGCACUCAUACAACAACCUACAAUACUUCUUCUAGAUGAGGCUACUUCGGCACUGGACUAUCACUCCGAAAAGCUGGUGCAAGCCGCUUUGGACAAGGCGUGCAUGGGUCGCACCACGCUGGUCGUAUCACAUCGCUUGUCUGCCAUCAGACAUGCUGAUCAAAUUGUUUACAUUGAGAAUGGCAAAGUGGUUGAGCAGGGCACUCAUGAGGAUCUAGUGAAGCAGCAGGGUUACUACUACAAAAUGGUCUCUGCCUACGAGUAUGAUGAUAGGGCUGAUGAAGUGCUGAAUGAAUGCGAAGAGAUGAAAUCUCAAGAAAUUGAACAGUUUCGCAGAAGCUCACUUAAAUCCCUGGAUAAAAAUGCCGAGUUUCAGAUGAAACGACUAAAUCUGAACCACUCACAAGCUGCUGACGAUGAAGAGAAGGCGAAGUGCACAAAAAGCAUCAGCUAUCCGCGCACCUUCUUGCGUGUUCUGAUCUGGGCACGACCAGAGUGGAGUUUCCUGGCCAUUGGCACCGUAUGUGCCGCACUUUAUGGCUGUUCCAUGCCUGCUUUUUCUGUUGUCCUGGCGGAACUAUACGCCUCGCUGGCCGAACCCACCGAUGAAGCAGUGCUGCAGCACAGUUCAUCAAUGUCGAUUAUCAGCGUUGUAAUUGGCAUCUGUGUGGGCAUCUUCUGCUUCGUGCAGACCUUCUUCUACAAUCUGGCUGGAGUGUGGCUUACCUCACGAAUGCGUUCCAAGACAUUUAGAUCUAUAAUGAAUCAGGAAAUGGGCUGGUUUGAUGAGAAGGAGAACAGCGUUGGUGCUCUGUCGGCUCGGCUAUCGGGAGAUGCGGCCAGCGUGCAGGGUGCCAUUGGUUUCCCAUUGAGCAACAUUAUACAAGCAUUGACAAACUUUAUCUGUAGUUUCUCCAUUGCCUUCUCCUAUUCCUGGGAAUUGGCGUUAGUCUGUUUGAGUACAGCGCCAUUUAUGGUUGCGUCUAUAAUCUUUGAGGCAAGGUUUAGUGAAAAGUCAGCGCUAAAGGAAAAAGACGUGCUGGAGGAAACGAGUCGCAUAGCUACGGAGACGAUUGCACAAAUAAGAACCGUAGCAGCUCUGCGUCGAGAAGAGGAACUCAUAAAGGUAUAUGAUGCAGAAGUGGAACGGUAUCGUCUGCAAAUCAAGAGUCGCUUGAGAUGGAGAGGAUUGGUCAACUCGCUGGGCAUGACCCUCAUGUUCUUUGGCUAUGCUGUCACCUUAACCUAUGGCGGAUUCAUGUGCGCCGAGGGAAGGAUCAAGUUUGAAGUUAUUAUGAAAAUUGCGAACACAAUGCUUUAUGGCCUAUUCAUUCUGGCCCAAUCCUUGGCCUUCACACCAGCUUUUAAUGCGGCGCUGCUUUCGGCCACACGCAUGCAUGAAAUCAUAGACCGGAAACCCUUGAUACAGUCCCCAAAUGUUGUGGAAAAUGCUGGCAAUGGCAACUAUAACUACAAGACGAAUGUUGUGGAGCAGGGCGUCAGUUAUCGUGAGCUCAACUUUGCCUAUCCCUCGAGACCGAAUCACUCGGUGUUAAAGGACUUUAAUCUGGAUGUGCUGCAGGGUCAAACGGUUGCCCUGGUUGGUGCCUCCGGUUCCGGCAAAUCUACAUGUGUUCAACUCCUACUGCGCUACUAUGAUCCAGAUGAGGGCAAGAUACUCAUUGAUCAGGAGAGUAUACACCAGGACAUGGAGCUAAAAACUCUUCGUCGUCGCCUGGGCAUUGUGUCGCAGGAGCCGUCGCUCUUUGAGAAGACCAUUGCGGAGAAUAUCAGCUAUGGCGACACCUCACGCAACGUGCCCAUGCAACAGAUCAUUGAUGCAGCCAAAAUGGCGAAUGCCCAUGAUUUCAUCAUGACAUUGCCCGCCCAGUAUGAGACCAUGUUGGGAUCCAAGGGCACACAGCUUUCAGGUGGACAGAAGCAACGAAUUGCCAUUGCACGAGCCAUGGUGCGAAAUCCCAAGAUACUGUUGCUUGAUGAGGCCACAUCAGCAUUGGAUAUGCAAAGUGAAAGGGUGGUGCAGCAGGCGUUGGAUUCGGCCUGCUCUGGACGCACCUGCAUUGUGAUUGCCCAUCGAUUGUCCACCGUGCAAAAUGCUAAUAUUAUUUGUGUUAUUCAAGUCGGACGCAUCAUUGAGCAGGGCACACAUUCCCAGCUGCUCGCCAAGAAUGGCAUCUAUGCCAAAUUGUACCGCAGUCAAUCGAAAAACAAAUAGUGCACAAAAGUAUGCAGUAAAAAUACAACUUAGCCAAGACACACACCAGCGCGCAUAAGACUAUGCUACAGAUUAUUUCUAUGUACACUAAUUGGAAUUAUGAUACGUAAUAUAAACUGCCGAAAACAACAGCAUUUUAUAUGGAGAUAGUUAAAAUCUAUAGUCCGGGCUUGAACUUGUUAUAAACUCUGAACAUGUAUAGAAAUACCAAUUAAUAUUUAUUUCGGCCAUCUUAAUUCACAAAUUCGUCCAGCAAAAUGUAAAUAAAUU